AUGGAGGAAGCCCUUAUACAGUUCAUGCAGGUCAAUCCUAAAGAAUAUUGUCAAUCAAUUAUAACCAGGAGAGGCACUGUGAUAGGAAAGGGGAUAUGUGAUCAUUUGAGAGAAAAUAAAGAUGGAGUGGAUAAAGAUAAGAGUGAAUUUGAGCCUGAAAGUGAGAAAGAGGCGGAGUUGAAUAAAGAGAAUCUACCUUAUGCACAUGCUCCAUCAAAGAAAGACAAGGAACGACAGUUUACAAGGUUCCUUGAUAUAAUCAAGAGGUUUCAUAUCAACAUACCCUUUGCAGAGGCUUUAGAACAAAUGCCAUCUUAUACAAGAUUCAUGAAGGAGCUUCUGACAAAGAAGAGAAAAUUGAGUGAGGAUGGAACAGUGGAGUUAGAGAGGAUAGGUGAGGUGGAGGUGAAACCUACCAGGAUGACUCUGCAAUUGGCUGAUAGAUCUAUAAAGUAUCCUCAUGGUAUUGUUGAAUACCUCUUGGUUAAGGUUGAUAAAUUUUUGUUUCUAGUUGAUUUUGUUGUCAUGGAUAUAGAAGAGGAUUCUGAGGUUCCUCUCAUUUUGGGUCGGCCAUUCAUGAAGACAGCUAAGGUCAUUAUAGAUGUUGAUGAUGGCAAACUUAAGGUUAGGCUGCAGGAUGAUGAGGUGAAUUUUAAUAUUUUUGAAGCUAUGAAACACCCAAAUGACAAGAAAGAUUAUUUUAGAGUGGAUGUGAUGGAUGAAGUGUGUUUGGAAGCUGAAAGAAAAUCUUCAUUAGCCACACCAUUAGAGAAGGAAUUAAAUUUUGAUAUUAAAGCUACAAGUGAAAAGAGAAAACUUCAACUACAUGAGCUUGAAGAAAUGCAAUUGCAAGCUUAUGAAUCCUCAAAAAUUUACAAGAGCAAGGUGAAGUCCUACCAUGACAAGAAAAUUGUGCAGAGAAACUUCCAACCAGGCCAGCAAAUAUUGUUAUUCAAUUUUAGGUUGAGAUUAUUGCCUGGAAAGUUCAAGUCCAAAUGGUCAGGUCCCUUUGUGAUCAAAUCAGUCAAACCUUAUGGGGUAGUGGAGUUAGAAGAGCCAAAUUCUGGAAGAUCUUGGAUGGUUAAUGGUCAGAGAAUUAAGCCAUAUCUGGGUGGUGAAGUUGAGAAACUUACCAUUGUAACUGGAAGUGGGAGUGUGAAAGGAGAACAAAAUGUGCUUCUUCCAGAUCAUGAUACUCAUGUUCUUGGUGUUAGCUUCCAUGCUUCAAGUCUUUCAUUUGGACAUGAUCCAAAGACUGUGAUGACAACUCUUUGCUUCUUCCGCUUCUGGCUUGGCUUUGGUAUUGGUGGAGACUAUCCACUUUCAGCAACCAUAAUGUCUGAGUAUGCUAAUAAGAAGACACGUGGUGCCUUUAUAGCAGCAGUGUUUGCCAUGCAAGGGUUUGGAAUUUUGGUAGGAGGUGUGUUUGCAAUUGUAAUAGCAUUUGUGUUCUUCAAGACCAAGUUUAGUGCUCCACCCUAUGAGGUUGAUCCAUUGGGGUCAACUGUUCCACAAGCAGACUAUGUUUGGAGGAUAAUUCUGAUGGCAGGGGCACUUCCUGCUGCAUUGACUUACUAUUGGAGAUUGAAGAUGCCAGAAACUGCUCGCUACACUGCCUUAGUUGCCAAGAAUAUGGAGCAGGCUGCAACAGAUAUGUCUAAGGUUAUGCAGGUGGAGAUUCAAGUUGAGCCAGAAACUGAGGAGAAAGCACAAGGCCAGUAUGGAUUGUUAUCAAAGGAGUUUCUUACUCGUCAUGGACUGCAUCUGCUUGGAACAACUAGCACCUGGUUCUUGCUUGACAUUGCAUUCUACAGCCAAAAUCUGUUCCAAAAGGACAUCUUCAGUGCAAUUGGUUGGAUCCCUUCUACAAAAACCAUGAAUGCUCUUGAGGAGGUUUUCAGAAUUGCAAGGGCUCAAACUCUUAUUGCUCUCUGCAGCACAGUUCCGGGUUACUGGUUUACUGUGGCUUUCAUUGACAGGAUAGGAAGAUUUAUCAUUCAAUUGAUGGGGUUCUUCUUUAUGACUGUCUUUAUGUAUACUCUUGCCAUCCCCUAUGAUUAUUGGACUCUUAAGGAGAACCGAAUAGGUUUUGUGGUUUUGUACUCUCUCACCUUCUUCUUUGCAAACUUUGGGCCUAAUGCUACCACAUUUGUUGUGCCAGCAGAGAUUUUCCCAGCUAGAUUUAGAUCUACUUGCCAUGGAAUAUCUUCAGCAUCCGGGAAGCUUGGUGCUAUGGUUGGGGCAUUUGGAUUUUUGUAUUUGGCACAGAACCAGGACAAGAGCAAAACAGAUGCAGGGUACCCUGCAGGUAUCGGUGUGAAGAAUUCACUAAUUGUGUUAGGUGUUGUCAACAUUUUAGGCUUCCUCUUUACUUUCUUGGUGCCUGAGGCGAAGGGUAGAUCUUUAGAGGAUAUUUCUGGUGAGAAUGAAGAAGUUCAAACCAAUAAGGGUUAAAAUAGUGCCACAACAAUCACAUGGUGGCAGCCAGAAAUGUAAUAGUUUAAUGUUUUC